CUGAUGGACACGAAGUGGGUGACCUCUGAGUUGGCCUGGACAACUCAUCCAGAGACAGGGUGGGAAGAAGUCAGCGGUUACGAUGAGGCCAUGAACCCCAUCCGCACGUACCAGGUCUGCAAUGUACGGGAGGCCAACCAGAACAACUGGCUUCGCACCAAGUUCAUCCAGCGCCAGGACGUCCAGCGUGUCUACGUGGAGCUGAAGUUCACUGUGCGGGACUGCAACAGCAUCCCCAACAUCCCCGGCUCCUGCAAAGAGACCUUCAACCUCUUCUAUUAUGAGUCAGACACGGAUUCUGCCUCUGCAAACAGCCCUUUCUGGAUGGAGAACCCCUACAUCAAAGUGGAUACAAUUGCCCCAGAUGAGAGCUUCUCCAAGCUGGAGUCUGGCCGCGUGAACACCAAGGUGCGCAGCUUUGGACCCCUCUCCAAGAAUGGCUUUUACCUCGCCUUCCAGGACCUGGGAGCCUGCAUGUCCCUCAUCUCCGUCCGGGCUUUCUACAAGAAAUGCUCCAACACCAUUGCUGGCUUUGCUAUCUUCCCGGAGACUUUAACGGGGGCCGAGCCCACUUCUCUGGUCAUCGCGCCAGGCACCUGCAUCCCCAACGCGGUGGAGGUGUCUGUGCCCCUAAAGCUGUACUGCAACGGUGACGGCGAGUGGAUGGUACCUGUGGGAGCGUGUACGUGUGCCGCUGGGUACGAGCCGGCCAUGAAGGAUACCCAGUGCCAAGCGUGUGGCCCAGGAACCUUCAAGUCUAAGCAGGGGGAAGGUCCCUGCUCUCCCUGCCCUCCCAACAGCCGGACCACAUCUGGAGCAGCAAUGGUCUGCACUUGUCGAAAUGGCUUUUUCCGGGCAGACACAGACCCUGCAGACAGUGCCUGCACCAGCGUCCCCUCGGCCCCCCGCAAUGUCAUCUCCAAUGUGAACGAGACAUCGCUGGUGCUGGAGUGGAGCGAGCCACAGGACACGGGCGGGCGGGAUGACCUGCUCUACAACGUCAUCUGCAAGAAGUGCAGUGUGGAGCGGCGCCUGUGCACCCGCUGCGACGACAACGUGGAGUUCGUGCCGCGCCAGCUCGGCCUCACCGAGCGACGCAUCUACAUCAGCAACCUGAUGGCCCACACCCAGUACACCUUCGAGAUCCAGGCUGUGAAUGGCAUCUCCAACAAGAGUCCCUACCCUCCCCAUUUUGCCUCUGUCAACAUCACCACCAACCAGGCAGCCCCAUCUGCCGUGCCGACAAUGCACCUGCACAGCAGCACUGGGAACAGCAUGACCCUGUCAUGGACUCCCCCAGAGAGACCCAACGGCAUCAUUCUUGACUAUGAGAUCAAGUACUCGGAGAAGCAAGGCCAGAGUGAUGGCAUCGCCAACACAGUCACCAGCCAGAAGAACUCGGUGCGGCUGGAUGGGCUGAAGGCCAAUGCUCGGUACAUGGUGCAGGUCCGGGCACGCACCGUGGCUGGAUAUGGCCGCUACAGCCUCCCCACGGAGUUUCAGACAACUGCAGAGGGUGGCUCCACCAGCAAGACUUUCCAGGAACUGCCUCUGAUCGUAGGUUCGGCCACAGCAGGGUUGGUGUUCGUCAUCGUUGUGGUGGUGAUCGCUAUCGUCUGCUUCAGGAAAGGGAUGGUUACUGAACACCUCCUCUCGUCUCCUUUGGGCAGGAAGCAACGCAACAACACCGACCCUGAGUACACAGAGAAGUUGCAGCAAUAUGUUACCCCUGGGACGAAGGUGUACAUUGACCCCUUCACAUAUGAGGACCCUAAUGAAGCUGUUCGGGAAUUCGCCAAGGAGAUUGACAUCUCCUGUGUGAAAAUUGAGGAGGUCAUUGGAGCAGGGGAGUUCGGUGAGGUUUGUCGUGGACGCCUGAAGCUGCCCGGCCGCCGUGAGAUCUUUGUGGCCAUCAAGACGCUGAAGGUGGGCUACACCGAGCGGCAGCGGCGGGACUUCCUGAGCGAGGCCAGCAUCAUGGGCCAGUUCGACCAUCCCAACAUCAUCCACCUGGAGGGUGUGGUCACCAAGAGCCGCCCCGUCAUGAUCAUCACGGAAUUCAUGGAGAACUGUGCACUUGACUCCUUCCUCCGGCUGAAUGAUGGGCAGUUCACAGUCAUCCAGCUGGUGGGAAUGAUGCGAGGCAUCGCUGCUGGCAUGAAGUACCUUUCGGAGAUGAACUACGUGCACCGGGAUCUGGCUGCCCGCAACAUCCUUGUCAACAGCAACUUGGUCUGCAAAGUGUCUGACUUUGGGCUCUCUCGCUUUCUGGAGGAUGACCCGGCUGACCCCACCUACACCAGCUCCCUGGGGGGCAAGAUCCCAAUCAGAUGGACGGCUCCUGAGGCCAUUGCCUACCGCAAAUUCACUUCAGCCAGCGAUGUGUGGAGCUACGGCAUCGUCAUGUGGGAAGUUAUGUCCUACGGGGAGCGACCUUACUGGGACAUGUCCAACCAGGACGUGAUCAAUGCAGUGGAGCAGGAUUACCGCCUGCCACCCCCCAUGGACUGCCCCACUGCACUGCACCAGCUGAUGCUGGACUGCUGGGUGCGGGACCGCAACCUGCGGCCCAAGUUUGCACAGAUCGUCAACACGCUGGACAAGCUCAUCCGCAAUGCUGCCAGCCUGAAAGUCAUCGCCAGCGUCCAGUCUGGCAUCUCCCAGCCGCUUCUGGACCGCACCGUCCCGGAUUACACCACCUUCACCACCGUGGGAGACUGGCUGGAUGCCAUCAAAAUGGGACGGUACAAGGAGAACUUUGUCAAUGCCGGGUUUGCCUCCUUUGACCUGGUGGCACAGAUGACUGCAGAGGACCUGCUGAGGAUAGGGGUGACGUUAGCAGGGCACCAGAAGAAGAUAUUGAGCAGCAUUCAGGACAUGAGGCUGCAGAUGAACCAGACGCUCCCAGUGCAGGUUUGACCACAGGGGACUCUGCAUUGGAACGGACCGAGGGAACCUGCCAACCAGGUUCAGUUUGCGGUGCAGCCCAGCUUCCCGUUUUCCCCUCCACACGGCGCUCCUCUGCCUCGGACGGUCGCCUGGGACGGGAUGGGACUGGACACCCUUCCCUGGAUCAAAGGCACUCAUGCCGAGAGGGAGCCCAGCUUUUCGUCCCAUGUCCUGGAGCGGCGAGGCAGCAACACAUCUUCAUAUUGAAGGUGGAUUAUGGGACAGAGAUGGCACAUCCCGCUUCCCGCCCUGUCUCGGUGCUCAUCGGUUUGAAGAGUUGUUCUGCUUCUUGGAUUUCUUUUCACCCCGUUUUCCCCCCAGUCCUCACUUCCCUCACCUCCCCAAGGCCACAGACUGUUGACCCGUCCACUGAGUCCAUCAGACACGUCAGAACCCUUCCCUAACUCUGGUCCUCAAAUGGAAGCAGCCGGGGGAGGCCAAGCCAGCGACAGGGCUGGGGCCACCAGCCCCAGACAAUCACUUCUCUUCUCCAGCCCUGGCGAGCCCUCCGUCCGAGGGUCUGCACUGGAACGUGUCCGAAGGGAAGGCUUCGCUCCCUUUCUUGGCUUUGCACGCCAGAACUCGAACCCGAUUUACUAUGCAGGGAGUUAGGCAAAAAAAAUGAAAAAAGAAAAAAAAAGAGAUAUAUUAAAAAAAAAAAGAAAAGAGGGAGCAGAAAGGGGAGGGAGGGGGACCAGCUACCUGGCUCCACAUCUCUUACCCUCUUGGUUCUCCUGGCCGGCUCUGGACUGCAGAGCGAGGCCGUCAGCACGUUUGCACAGGGACCCUCCGCCCCCGGACCGACGGCAGCCGCGCUCCCCCCGAGGGGCCGGAGAGCGGGGCUGGGGUGGGGGCUGCGCCGGGGCCGCGGCUCCCGCAGCCUCCUCUUUUAUGCAGAAGGAGCAGGUGCCGCCGGCAUGGCUGCCCACUCCUGACACACGCUGUGAUUGCUGCCAAAAGACUCACUCACCUUUCCCUGAGGAUUCACUGCAGCCCGGUUCCUCCGAGCCGAGGGAGAGACUCCCAGCGUGCCUGAGUGUGCGUGAGUGUGUGCAUGCGUGCGUGGGUGUGUGCUGGCCGCAGGACUGUGGGAGGCAAUGGGCAGAAUAAAGGCAAUAAGAAUUUUACCCGAGUUUCCUUUGCUCGAUCGCGCUCUCAUUGGAUGGGCCUGGCUGCCUGCAGCUUUGCUGCCCACCAGGGCCAUCCUCUUCUUCCUCCUGGCCAACCCCAAGCUGGCUCUAUGCCCGUUUCUGCUCCCGUCUUCUCUUGCUGUCAUGUUUUCGGGUUGUCCCACGGGGAGCAGGUAGUGAUGAUGUACCCACCCUGCAGUGCUGGGAGACCCAGCGCGCUCCGUGUGGGGUGCAUAGGGUGGAGGUUGUGAGUCCCAGAGCAGAGCCAGUCAGGAAACUCCAUCUAAUGUACUAGAGGUGCUCAGCAACUUUUUCCCCCAUUCCCUCAUCAAGUCAGGCUGAAACUGGGGGAAUCAAACACUGAAUGUGAAAGCCAAGUGGAGAGCAGGCAUGCACACUGCCCAUCCCAGUGCCAGAGGGUCCCCACAGCCCCG